UGGCAGUACUUGGUUGGGAAGCGGACAGUACCACCUGAUGAGUGCCAGAUCCAAUUCCUCUCCGAGCCCACCAUUACUUUCGGCACUGCCAUCGCCGCCUUCUACAUCCCUGUCUCUGUCAUGACCAUCCUCUACUGCCGGAUCUACCGUGAAACCGAGAAGCGAACCAAGGACCUGGCUGACCUCCAGGGUUCUGAUUCUGUGGUAGAAGCCAAGAAGAGAAAGCCGGCUCACAGGACCCUGCUCAGAUCUUUCUUUAGCUGCCCUAGACCCAGCCUGGCCCAGAGGGAAAGGGAUCAGGCCUCCUGGUCAUCUUCCCGCAGAAGAACCUCAACAACAGGAAAGCCAGACCAGGCCACUGGCCUAAGUGUUGACUGGGACAAGACUGAGCAAGUCACUACCUGUAGCAGCUACCCCUCCUCAGAGGAUGAGGCCAAGCCCACCACUGACCCUGUCUUUCAAGUGGUCUACAAGAAUCAGGCUAAGGAAAGCCCGAGGAAGGAAUUCAGCACCGAAGAGAUGAAGGAAACUUUUGUGACCGCUCAGACUGAAAACAAUGACUAUGACACUCCCAAAUACUUCCUGUCUCCGGCUGCUGCGCACAGACUCAAGAGUCAGAAGUGUGUUGCCUAUAAGUUCCAAUUGGUGGUAAAAGCUGACGGGACCCAGGAGACUAACAAUGGCUGUCGCAAGGUGAAAAUCAUGCCCUGUACCUUCCCGGUGUCCAAGGACCCUUCAACAAGAGGCCUGGAUCCCAACCUCAGCCAUCAAAUGACCAAACGAAAGAGAAUGGUCCUAAUCAAAGAGAGAAAAGCAGCCCAGACCUUGAGUGCCAUUCUCUUGGCCUUCAUCAUCACAUGGACCCCUUACAACAUCAUGGUCCUGGUUUCCACCUUCUGUGACAAGUGUGUCCCUGUCACCCUGUGGCACUUGGGUUACUGGUUGUGCUAUGUCAACAGCACUAUCAACCCCAUCUGCUAUGCUCUCUGCAACAGAACCUUCAGGAAGACCUUUAAGAUGCUGCUUCUCUGCCGGUGGAAAAAGAAAAAAGUGGAAGAGAAAUUGUAUUGGCAAGGGAACAGCAAGCUACCCUGAAAAGUCAGUAACUUCACUGGAAAGAAAAAUGGCCACAGUCUGGUUUGCUUGUUUUGAAGAACAUCAUCUGCCAUUCCGAGUCCCCAAAGACUUGUCCAGGCUCAAGUCUGUUGUCAAAAUGAAGCGUCACACACACAGCCACUGCUGCCAUGUGAAGUGAGUCUUGUCUAUUACCAAGGCCACCUGGUGCCACUAGCGUUUGCUGGUGAAGCAGAAAGACAGACUCAGGGUCCUUCUCUGGAAAUACACUUGAGUCAUUGUGGACAAUGACUUUGGGAACUGUUCUGUGAAGAACAGUUGGGGCCAGACUGGAAAUCUUCCCCUGGGGCAUUCUGUCAUAGAGCAUUGUGCAAUAUGUAUGUGUCUAUAUGAAACCAGUGAAAAUCAAGGAGAAUGUAAGCCCCUGUCACCUCUGGAUAAGAGUGGUAUUCAACUGGCUUCUAAGAAUAUCACCCUUCGUAAUUUAAUCAGCAUUUAUUAUGCAGCUAUCAUGUGCUUUGUACUGUGGCAUGUUUUUCUGUUCAUAUGCCAAAUGAUGUUCUUACUCUCCCUUUCCUAACUCUGACAACUCCCAUGCCCAGUGAAACCAUGGUGAUUCCCACAGACCAUCCGUCUCUCAGAACCCUGAGUCAAGAAAAGUGCUGACGUUGGCACACUUGCAUGCUUGGUUUC